AUGGUGAUCUGCUACCUGAUGUGCUGGCUGCCCUACGGCAUCAUGGCCCUGCUGGCCACCUUCGGGCCGCCGGGCCUGGUCACGCCCGAGGCCAGCAUCAUCCCCUCCGUCCUGGCCAAGACCAGCACGGUCAUCAACCCGGUCAUCUACGUCUUCAUGAAUAAACAGGUGAGAGGGUCAGGGCCUCCCUUCCUGUCGCGAGGCGGCUGGAAGAGCUGA